AUGCCCCGCAAGUCGUCUCCCCCCCUGCCCCGGACGGCGUCUGGUAGCUCAACACACCGAUCCUCUCACAAGCUGCGAUUCCCGUUACCCGAUGACUACUUCCCAUCGCUUUGCCUGUCGCUGUCGAAAAUUCAGGAGUAUCAGACCCAGGUGGAAGAAAUGAUCACGAAGACUUUGGAGUCCUGCAAAGACCACGAGGCGCGCGUGGCUGGUUGUCAUCCACAAGAGGCAAAGUGUUGGCAGGACGUUGCGCGUGACUCGGAUCUGUCCAUCUCCCGCCAAAAGCAGGGGGCGAUCACGACUACGCGCACUUUUGGCAACGUGGCGGGUGACUUCCACCGGUUUAUGGACUUUUUCUCAUCCGAGACGUCCGAGCAGCUUUUUGCGUGGAACCAGUUCUUCUUUGGCUGUGCAAUUGACGCUGUGGUGCUCUGCAACCUGAAUUUGGACGACCAGGACAACCGGGCAACUCUCGGUAUCAAGUGGACCUGCAUGCAGCCUUCAAUGCUCACCCGCAAGCGUGACGAGUGUUUUCUAGAGUACAUGGGGUUCCGAAAGGACGAUCAGGGUCGCGACGUUGCGGUGAUUGUGCGUUUGCCUGUCGAGAUCCCCGAGUGUCCGCCGCUGCCUGACGAGCUCAAGACCAAGCGUGAAAGGGCCACAACUGUGUCAAUUGUGCGCGCGUCGGACUUGCACCCGAACGCGACUCAGGUGUUCAUACUGAGUCACUGUGACCACAAGGGGCUCAUCGUAUCGACGAAAUACUGCAAGAAGUUGCUAAAAGCACUAAAAGAUGUGUCGCUCUCCUCGGAUGCCAAGCGCAUUGCCACCGCUCUGAGCACACCAGGGUUCCUCGAGCAGACGCAAGUUAAGACUGAAGCUUUUACGAUGGGAGAUACCAUUCGUCCUUGGGUGCCAAGCGCGGGUGUCCAACGAGGCUGCGCUAGUUGUUCUCGGCCCUUUCGAGGUGGACAUAGACGCCAUCACUGUCAGAUGUGCGGCGAUGAUUUCUGCAGCAAAUGCCUCGUUCGACGAGCUAGCGUUCGACGGCGGACGAACACUGUUGGCAACAGUGCUACAAUGACGAGUCAACGGACAUUCCGCGUGGUACAAUCGACGUUCUGCAAGGUGUGCAUUAGUCGUACUUGUGAAGAAGCCGCAGACGCUGGUAAGGAGCAAAUGGGAGCCGCUCGUCGUUCCGUGGUAUCUUCAAGAUCGUCUUCAAUGCCGCGUCGCUCGUCAAUCGAACAACCGGCGAUCAUUACGCCGGCAUCUUCUGUAUCGCGGAGCUCCGUAUCCCAACACACCGAUGCAGUUUACAGCAGUGCAACUUGGAGUGAGGACACCCGCACGUCUUGGUGGUCCGAAAUUGACACCGAUGCGUGCAGUUGGAAGUCAGGAUCAAGCCGAUUCAGCAGAAUCUCGCGCAACCAUAGUGGCAUCGCCACUGUGCGUUCAUCGAUCAGUUCCGAUUACUCGAUGGGCCGAAACUCCAUUCUGGCAUUGCAGUCGCACGAUUCUCCUCAAGAAAUUGAUACUGUCCACCUUAAUGAUCGGAUUGACGAGCGCUCCAGUAUUUACGAAGUAAUUGACACGAAAGACAUGAUGCGCGACCAGCAACCUGAAGCACAUAACGAAGCAGACGACGACUUCUUCAGCAUGUUUCCAGACACUGUUCGUGCCCGGUUCUCGUCCACUCCAACGGCUCCGACGACGUUGCCGCGGAACUUGAAAAGCACUCGCAGCUUUAAAGUGACUACCUCUAUGGCUUCUUCCAAGUCGCUGGACCAGUGCAUUGCAGAGCAGAACGAACUGUUGCAGCAAGUGCUUUCCGCCAGUCGGAUUCUGAACACCGGGGUUCCGCCUCGCAAUAAAGUGUCACCCGCGACCGAGAGUAUACACGAAGGGAACGACGGCAGUCAGGACGAUGGCGUUUUUGAACUGUGA